UCAACAGAUAGAUAUUAAUCAGAAAGUUCAUUAUAAAGAUUCUUUAAAGGAAACAUGUUCCGAAGAUGAUGACUCCAGUUUAGAUAGUAAUUCGAAAAGAGCUAUACAACAAGAUGAGAAGAGUAUGAAAGAAGAGGAAAUAGUAACAGAUGUUCAAGAUAACAAACACAGUAAAACGAUAUUAGGGAGUACCUCUAUUUGCCACAACUUCCGGUUGAAUCAUAUUAGUCAAGUUGCAAAAAAGCAUAUUUCUUUACCGAAAAAUUUAAAAAAUCCAUUUGGUAAAAAUCAAAAGAAUAUUGUUCACAGGACUUUGAAAAAUUCAUUUGGUCAAAGUCAUAGUAAGAAAGCUGAUACACAAUUAUCUCACACGACUUUAGUUGACAUACAGGUUGAAGACUGCCGACAAUACGCGAUCGGAGAAAAGUCACUGUCGUCAUUUUCCAAUAUUCCUAAUGAUAAUAAUAAAAGUAUUUCAGACUGUAAAAGUAUUCAAAGUCAGUUCAAAAUAGAGAGGAAAUCUCCUAUAAAUCAAUUCAAAUAUAGUAGUAUAGAAUCUGUUUUGGAUUCAGAAUGUACGAAGAAUACUAAGAAACAUUGUUGUACUAAAAUUUUAAGUAAAGACGUAAUUGUAAAAGGUAAGAGAUCCGAAGACCAUGAAUCACAAGCUCAUAAUGAAAAAUCAGCAGAAUCUACGAAAAAGUUUUCGUGGAGUAGUAAGAGUAAUAAAUUUGCAAGUAAAAGUUUCGAAAAAACAUGCAAAGAUAAAGGAAAAAGCCAAGAUUCAAUGGAAAAGAAACUGAGAGCUAAAAGAAUUCUUUCCAGCCCGUUAAGAAAAUUUGGUCGGUCGUCUUUGACAAUCGAGCCAGAUAAAAUUAUGAUAAACUUACCAAAGUGUUCUCCUUGUGCUUGUAGGUUGGCUGCAAGCUCAAAGAUUUUAUCCAAUGAUUCCAGUUUACUUUCCCGAUUCACUGCAAAUCACGAGAGUCCCCACCACGCUGUACGUUCGAAGAGUCCAUCGCAUAUAAACGUACAGAUAGACAUUAGUUCCAAGACUUCAGAAAGAACAUCAAUGCAAACUAAUUUGUUACCAAAUGUAAAACAAUUUCAAAAAUCACGGUAUACACCUCGAAGCAGAAGCGUUGGUGAGUUGUGCAACAUUGUCAACAAGUGAAGCAAUCUUGAAUUAUUCGUUUAUUAGAACGGAACUAUGGUAUUUAACAAACUGGACUUUCGACAUCAUCAGUUGAAUGCUCGGGAAAUGUUAUUCAGAAGUUGAAGCGAGAACUAUACAAAUCGAUCCUGAUAAAAUUUAACAAGCAACUUUAGAGACAAAGUGUUAACUAAAUAAUAUGAAUUCCACGUGUCUCGCCGAGUUGUCGUUCCAUUAUUCUUCCACAUAACUGUCUUUAAAGAAAUCAUAGAUUUAUACGCACGACACUUAUUCGGGCUGUAACAGUGCUAGUGAGACUGUGCACAUAAAUACAUAUGCGAUAUAUACAUAAAAAUUAUUAUAUUUCUAGAGAUAUGAGAUAAUAUAUCUGUGCAUAUUGAAUAUUCUUACUACACAUGCGUACACAUACUGAUGCAUGCGUGCGUUUGUUGUAAGUCGUUUUCGCAGCGUACGCUGUGAAACAUUGUUAUGACAAAUAUGUCAAGUAUUAUUAUCAUUAUUAUUAUUAUUAUUAUUAUUACUAUUAUUUGAUCUUUAUCAUCAUUCUCUUUAAGACUAAGGAGUCGAAUAUAGCUUACAUUGAAAUACUUUCUGCUACCACGAAUGCUAUUAUACUCGAUUCUAGCAAGUGUGUGGCACUAAAAUUCUUCGCUGAACCUAUACUCGUUAAUUUAAACAUCGAUAUAAUUUUAUAUUAUUAUUGGUUGAUCAAAAAAUCAAACAACUUUGUAAAUGCUUUUGUUGUUGAUCAUUUUAUCAUAUUCUUAUGCAUUUAAACUUAUUUCUCCGAAAGAAAAGAGAAUAAGUAACGAUUAAUAGAUUUGUUAAUGAAUGUGGGAUGUGUUUUGCAUUGCGUGUUUUUAUGACUUUUAUAAAUUAGGUUCAGCGGUAAAAAAAAUGUUACGUGAAAUCGCAUGAUUUUAUAAGUAAAUCGCUGUCACUCAGACCGGAAUAUAUGAUAGCUGUACCGAUAAUGGAAACAUUUGUUUUUGUAUUAACCCACAGCAAAGGCCUGUGCAGCGAGCAAUGGAAAUCUUCCAAGGUAGCAAAAAAUUUAGGAUAGAGACUAAAAGUUAAUGGAUAGCGUUAAGAAAAUGUGUAAGUGUAAGACGUCAUAAAAAACGUUAUGUUUUAAUGACAAUGAAUGAGAUGAUGGUCUUGCAAACAACAAUAAGAAUAAGAAUGCAACUAGAUAGGGACAAUAUUACUGCCAAACUUGAUUAUGAAUUAGUUUAUUUCUAAAGAGGUGAAUCGUUUGGAGGAUCUUGUCUAUAGUGUAUGUAUAAUGUAUGCGACAACGUGAAAUGACUGUACGGAGCCAAUGGAAUGAAUCGGCGCUUGUACAUGUAUGUAUUUCUCUAGGGAUUGUUCGUUUUUAUUGUUAAUUUUGCAUUCUCGUGAACAUUUCUACCCGUCCUCGUUGUCUUUUAAACAAUAAAUUGCUAUGAAUGUCUUCAAACUACAAGUAUACACUGAAAUUAAAUGUUUGUAUAAUUGUGAUGGUAUGAACGAACGGAAAGUGAAUAUAUUUUUAUUAUCUAUUUAUGAUACAUGGCUUCUGUUGUUCGAUGGUUUCUGGCUACAUCUCCACUUAUUUGAAAGUAUCUUAUCUACAAGAGGAUAUAAGAUUGUAAAAAUUUAAUUAAAAAAAUAAAGGUCGAUCUAAUAGAUCGUUAUUGAAAGAUACGAAAUAUUUUCGUUCGUUUAAUCGUAGCUUUGAUAAUUUUAAUUAUCGUUAUUUAUAUGUGUAUUACUUUUUUUAUUUGUUUCACAUUGCUGUUGAAAAAUUUUCUACUCGAUCGUCAAAUAUUAUAUUCACUUUCCUCUAGCAUUAAUCUUUUAGAAUAGUCUAUGGUACAUAAUAGUACCGAAAUAAAAAGAGUCCGAUGUUACCCUUCCAUUGGCUUUCACGUAGCCGCUGUUAAAUUGAUCUGUAUCGCAAUUAUUACGUAACUCGUGAAAAAAAAAAAUUUAUACCGUUGUUCGACAAAUGUCCAGUUUUAUAAACGGCAGAUAUUUCAGAGAGGGAUUUUAUAGAAAACUCCGCAAAGAUAACGUAUAAUAGUAAAAUGAUCGGUGCUCGCCGAAAACUAGAACCGAUCGUUUAUAAAACUGGAUAGAAACUAACUUUUGUACAGCAUAUUUCGAAUGCAUACGCGUCCCCUCUUUCUUCUACUUUCUUUCUCGUUUCCUGUUGUGUGUUUCUCUUUUUCUCUCUUUCUCUCGCUCAUUUCUUUUACUAUUUUUUACUACCCUAUUCUGUCUCUCAAUAUGCGUCAAGCAAUCGACCGGUUUUGAACAGCACUUUCGUCUUUCAUAAUUGCAUCGUGCCGGUAAAAUGGUACUCAAUGGUCUUUGAGGGGGGCGGGGGUAUCACGCGAAUCACGGUGCGGUAUUCAUAACUGUACAUAAUAGCGUGUAAGUGAAGUAUUAGAAAUAAUACGCUCGAUGUUCUGUUCGGUCGUAACCAAUGUACUUACGGCAGAAGAUGGGUUAAAGAGAUGGGAGGGAGGAGAUAACAAUGAUAGAGAUUACGAGAUCCCCUGUACCGAUCGUUAGUGUCAUAUGUAUCACGAAGUGUAACGACUGUAACACAAAAUGAAUUAGUUGAUUAGUUGUCUGAUAAGUAAAUAACAUGUAGCUCAUUACAAAAUUAUUAUAGGACAGGAAAGAGAAGAAAGAGAAGAAAGAUGAGUAUCUCGGAUUGAAUAACAAAAUUACUGUUUUAUUUAGUGCAUAAAGACAUGAUACCAAGCGGAAUAACGUUAUUUCUUACGAAAUCGUGUAGAAUACGUAGUCUGAAAUACACUUGCUGGGCACCCGA